AUGGACAAAUCCUCUGCGCGAGCACCGGCCGCCGAUGAGGCCUCCACCCUGAAACCCCGGCCAGCGCACCCUCCUACCAGACCACCCACCAAAUCAGCGGCACCUAGACUGUCGACUGGUACUCGUCCUACGACUACCGCGGCAACUCCGACCACUGCGCGACCUGCAACCACAAGUUCUCUCAGCAAGCCACCAGCAAGACCUCCCACUACUUCCACGGUUCGCACCGCUCGAACAACACCUUCCACCACGGUGCCUGCCCAUCAGAAAAGGCAAUCAGCGAGUUCGAUCGACGAGAAACCAUCCGGUGAUGAGAAGAGCAAAGAUGGCAUAUCUGCAAGACCCAAGAGGAUGUCGUUGGCUGCAAGUACCACUUCCGAGCGGACCCCAGCUGUCUCCGCGAGGCGUACGACUCUUCAGCCUUCUACCACCAGGCAGAGCACGACAAGCCCGACUGGUGUCAGAAAGGCCCCUUCGACACCCAGUACCACCCGCACUCUAACCAGCUCUCGCACUAAGCCUUUGGCUUCAUCCGUAUCAAGAAAUAUUGGCGCUGGCGCCGGCACCGUUGGAGAGAAGAAACGGUUGAGCACGAUCCCCGCCUCACCAGCAAUUAAAUCCGAUCUUGAACAUGAUUCGGGAGAUAAUAAAGAAAAUUUGCAUUCUGAUGUCGAGAAGAAGCCCCCCACCCGACCUGCCUUGGGGACGAGGAAAUCGACGCGGUCAGUGCUUAUUGAGCAACAAAUUCGCGAGUUCGAGUUGGUGAACAGUAUGCUACAACAAGCCAUUGCCGCCGAUGGCGUAGAUGAUCAAGAGCAACAAUCAAUCAAUGAAGAAGCCGCAACCUCAAUCGCUAAGCUCAAGGCUGAUCUUGCCAAGGUCAGGCAGUUUGAGAGGGACAACGGCCGUCUACCGACGGAAACGGAGCUGGACGACGUGCCAGAGAUCGCGGCUGUCGACAGCUUCAUCCAGGACGGGGGUCAGGAUGAAUCUAAGGCACUAAACUUACAACAUGAGCUGACCGAGAAGCAAGCUGAAGUAGAAUCCUUGCACUCGGAAUUGCUCAGCUUGAGACAGAAACUGGAGGAAUUCAGCAAGAGUGCCAAGGAUGAGGCCUCGCGCGUGCAAGCAGCAACUGAGGCAAUUAGAACAGAGCAUGUGAGCAAGAUUGACGAACUAUCUGCUCUUCAGGAGCAAAAGCUCAAGGAAAUGUCAACCGAGCACCAGAACGAACUUGAAGGUCUACACGCACAACAAAAGUCGGAGCUCGUCGAAUUGAAAGAGCAGCUGGCCCAACAGGUCGCCGAAAGGCAGUCUGAGGCUACACGGUUGGAAUCGGAGUUGGAAAGUCUACGUUCCACCACAUUGAAAGAGCAGUCAGAAAAGGACGCCGAGAUCGAAACAUUGAAGCUAGAUUUGAAGGCAAAGACCGUCGAGGUCGAGACAGCGAGCAACACUGUCCCACCACCUAGUCCCUCUCCGGACCAUGCGCAGAAGCUUACUGAGGCCCAGGAAGCGCUUGAAGCGGCUCAAACCCGACAUUUAGCAGCCAAAGAUAACGCAAAAACCAAGAUUGCAAAAAUGCAAGAGGAGUUUGAGGCAAAACUGUCUACAUUGAAUACCCAGCAUGAGGGACAAUUGAAUGACCUCAAGGCCAAGUUGGAUAAAGCGGAGCUUGAUGUAGCUACCAAGGCUGCACAAAUUGCGAAGCAGAGCGAUGAUAAUACCAAAAUCAAUGGUGAGGUGUCGCGGCAGGGCCAAGUCAUCGAAUCCUUGAAGAGCCAGGUCUUGGCCUUCCAGCAGUCAAAGAGGGAGGAACUCGACACGCAAAGUGUCAUAAUUUCGCAACUCGAAUCUGAAAUUGAGUCUGUGAAGCAAGAAAAUACAAGCGCUGCUGAGGCGGCUUCGGCUUUCCUUGCAAAGACCGAGAGAGAACACUCCGAGAAGAUAGGGGCUCUGCAGCAACAGCUCAAUCAUGUCCAAGAAGAACUAAAGAAUGCUACUGCCUCGCAUUUGACACAAGUGGACGAAUCUGUCCGAAAUGCUCAAGCUGAGUUGUCCUCCGCCCUUGAUGAACUGAAGGCUUCCAAGUCAUCGCAUCAGAGCGAACUCCAGGCCCUUAAAGCUGAGCUGCAGAAGGCAAGCGACGACGCAGUAUCCGUAGCGAGCAAACACCAAGAGGCAAUUUCGACCUUGCAAGCACAGCUAGGUGAUGCCAAAGCUGCGCUUCAGGAAGCAACAACCAAAAGCCAAACGCUCACCACUGAACGCACAAAUGAGAGCACAAAAGCCCAGGAAGACAUCAAGGCACUGCACGUGCAGUUGGAAGCUGUAAAUGCCGCCCUCUCCGAAACUGUUAGCAAGCAUGAAUCAUUGAGCAAGACCCACGAAUCGGAAGCCUCUUCUGUUCAAGAAGAGCUUGCCUCUCUGAAAGCUAAACAUGCAGAGGAAACCCAACAGUUAGAAGAGAGUUUGCAGGCUACAAAGAAGGAGGUGGCAUCGGCUAAGGCACUCCAUGCUUCACAAAUCAGACAGUUGGAGGAGCAAAUGCAAGCCACGUUGAAAGACCUAGAUUCUUUGGAAGCUGGGAACGUGGAGGCAGUGCAGCGAGCUAAAGUUGAGGCUUCUGAGUACCACCAAAGGGCAUUGGGAGAGGCGGAACAAGCUCAUAUCCAGAGAGUCCGUGAACUUGAGCAACAACUAAACGAUGCUAAAUCAGAAGAAUCCAGCGCCGCCCAGAAGCUUGAGGACGAAAGAAAGCAGACGCUCAAAGACCACGAGCAAGCCCUGGAGGAUCUAAAACGCUCCAAUGAUGAGAGCCUCGCAGCUCUCGAGGCGCAAUUGAAGUCGGCAAAAGACUCAGCUGAAGCCGCUACAGCAGCGCAUGCUGAGCAGCUCAAACUGUUAGAGGAAGAUGUUACCUCACGGCACGCGGCAAUGAUUGAAUCAUUGAAGACUGAGCAUACGAAAAUACUUGAAAGCAUCCAAAACGAAAACAAGCUCGCUCAAGAAUCAGCACUGGAGAGCCUAACAGCUAGCCUGGACAAGGAGAAGAAGACGCAAGAAUCUCAAGCACUGAGUCUUCAAGCAGAUCUCGAAAAUACUCGGUUCCAGUUGCAAACCCUCAAGGGCAUGUUCCAAUCGAUCGAAGAAGAAGGCAAGGAGAAGGAUAAGGAACACGAGGAAGCCAUUGAGAAACUCCAGGACGAAUUAUCGAUGUCUGUCAGAAAGCUCGCAGAGCAGUCGUCCCGUGUGAUGGACCUUCAAAUACAGCACGAUGACGCCUUGGCCAGCUUCAGGACCAAACUAGAAUCGAAGUCGCAAGAGGAAAUUGAGACAGCAAAAUUCGAGCACACCAAAGCUUUAGAUGAGCUUCAGACAACGCUUGAGAAGAGUCAUAAGCAAGUUAUUGAUCGUCUCCAAGCAGAGCAUUCUUCUACCCUCGAAGCUGCCCAGAGCUCGACGAAAGCACAAAUUGCGGAGCUACAGAGAAAGGCGAAGGAAGAGCACGACGAGCACAUGGAUGAGAUCAUGAAGACGCUUGAAAAUCAAUGGAAAUCCCAGGUUGAUCAACUUGAGGCGCAAUGUGCGGCCGCUAACGCCCGCCUCGUCAGCGUCACCAGCGAACACGAUAGUGCUCUCCAACAAGUGGACACAGAACAUCAGGCGGCGCUUAAAAGACUCGAAUUGGAACUGCAACAAGCUCAUGAGGCGGCGGCUGUUCCGAAAGAUAACACUGACCUCGAAAGUUUGAAGGCUCAACUGGCAGAAGCGCUUGACCAGAUCAAAGUUGCUGAGAGGAAUCAUGCUGAAGCAAUGGCCGCAGCCUAUGUGAAGCAUGAGUCUGCCUUGACUUCAAUGAAACAAGAACUGAAAGCCGCUCAAGAGGUUGCUGAGCAAAGACGGGAUGCAGCAGAAUUUGAAGAGCUAAAUGCAAAGUUCGUCGAAGCUCAGAAGGCGCUCGAAACCCUACACAAAGAAAGCGAACGAAUUGCACAUGAGACAAGGGUUGCAAAUGACACCAAACUCGAACAGCUUUUGAUAGAAUUGGAGGAGAGCAAGGAGGCUGCGAAACACGGUCCCGAUCCUGCUGAGCUCGACGCAGCCAAUGUUGGUCUCCAAGAUGCCAGAAACACCAUAGCUUCAUUACAAGCCAAUCUUGAAGGUGCCUUACAAGAGGUCGAGACGCAACGCAGCCGUGCUGAGAUUGCACAACAGGAAAUCCAACAGCUAAAGCACCAAAGUGAUGCUGCCUCUCUGCCCAGUCCCAAACCACGUCGAACGAGCAGAAGCCCGAGGAGGAAAUCGAUGAAUCCCUUGUCACCCACGGGUCAAAAAAAGGGCCUCGAAUCCAGCAAGUGGGCAACAGCUGAGGAGCUGGCCACAGCAUCCCCUCAGACACCCGCAAGUCCAUCAUCAGGCCUGAGGGGCGGGGCAAGCGACCAAGAUGCACUUGAUGAGGUUGGAGCGGAUGGACCAGAGACAGAAGAGAAACCAAGCAAGCAUAAUGUUGCGGGUCAACUGGCUGGCAUCCAAGAGCAGAUCCGACAACUGGAUGAGAUCAGUGGGGAUUUCCUCGUUGAGCAUCAGAAGAUGGCACGCACUUUGAGCAGGGUGGAUGAUCAAACUCAGUCGAGCGUGACGGUAGAAGUGGAGUCAGAAGAUUCGUGA